AUGGACCGAUGUCAGGGCGGCCUAUUCACGUCACUCAUUGACGAUCGCCCCACGGAUACGCAGUUUGAAGUCCCUCCGGGUCUCACAGAGGUUCGUAUCCUCGACUACGAUCCAGUGCGCUACAUCAACUUUGAAGCCGAAAUUAACUUCCCAGAAGACGACGGGAUCGUUCAAGUCGAGAAUUUCGGAAUUCAUCUCAAUGUGGACGGCACGAUUUUCUACGGGAUCAAAGUGGACGCCAUCCUGGAUAAAAGAGCGGACCGUAUUUCCGUGGAUUUACUGUCUCGACUAUUGGUGGAUAUCCACCAGGACUCGUCCGAGAUCAUGGACGACCUUCUGUCCUCGUACCAAACGAGCUUGUUGGACAUGGUUUUCCUUGGGGACAUCGCCAAUCGAGGCAAAAUGAACUCAAGCAGGUGCUAG